UUUCUUAUCGAUACGGUGCGACGGCGACUAGAUGAUUGUUACCGUUUCGGCGAGUUUCACGCUGAAACCCGUCACGUAGUAGGGGGAUGAUGAUGGGACUGUUCGUAUAAAGGCGCACACGUGACAAUUAAAACGAUCAGUCUCGAUUCCGUUCUCCGUUUAAUCCGCCGUACCCGCGUGCCAUUACAGUCGCGGAAGUCGCGGGCGAGGUGGGCGAGAAAUCGGAAGUCCGAAAGAGCGUUUUGCAAAUAUCGCGAGUCCCCGAGUCCGCGGGUCUUCUCAGAGCGGGCUCGCGUAAGAGCGAGUCGUUUAGUUCGAGGGGAGCUCAUCAGCAGAUCAUAUAUGCGUUACAUUAGGAAAACGAGCAUAAUCAUUCAGCUGCAAUUUCGCACGUUCCUACCGGAAACUGGCACGCGCGACUAAGCGCGCGAUCAGGCGCUUAGAAUACCCCGUCUUGCACGUAGAUCCACUCGGGUGAUCCGUCCCACGUCUUGAAAGAAGGCUAUCCAGGGAAAAUGCGCCCGCAUCUUCUCGUCCUGUUCCUCUUCCUGUCGGCGUCAUCGGCGGAGCAGCGGCGCGUAAGAAGUGCCGAGGAGGAAUGUCGCGCUGAACAUCCCACCUUGCUCUAUUAUUUCUCAUGGGCGGAUUACACGGUGUUCGCCACGAUGCUGCUGGUCUCGUGCCUGAUUGGCACCUUCUAUGGCUUUUUCGCCAAGAAGCAGGAGACCAGCCAGGAUUUUCUGCUAGGCGGCUCCAGCAUGGGCACGUUCCCCACGGCGAUGUCAUUGACCGCCAGCUUCAUCACGGCCAUCGAGCUCCUGGGAAAUCCUGCGGAGAUGUACGGACAGGGAACUCAAUUCUGGAUGACUUGCGUCUCUUUCAUACUCGUGGUACCGAUCACCUCUUGCCUAUACCUGCCGGUGUUCAUGAAGUUAAAGCUGACAUCGAGCUACGAAUACCUGAACCUGCGCUUCGACCGGCACUGCCGGUUGCUCGCGAGCGCGUUGUACAUGUUGCAAAUGGUGCUGUACACGUCGGUAGCUGUGUACGCACCUGCAUUAGCGUUAAGUCACGUCACUGGCCUCAAUACUUACAUAGCCGUCACUCUAGUCUACGUGGUCUGCAUUUUCUACGCCUCACAGGGUGGUAUGAAAGCCGUGAUAAUGGCCGAUACCUUCCAAGCCGCCGUACUUAUCGGCUCGCUGUUCCUCAUCUUGGGCUACGGAAUGUCCUGGGCGGGUGGAACCGCGCGCGUUUGGGAAGAGAACGCGAAAUCCGGCAGGAUGGAAUUCUUCAAUAUGGAUCCUAGUCCUACGGUGCGGCAUAGCUUCUGGAGUGUUGCGAUCGGUGGUACUUUUUACUGGACCACCAUGUUCUGCAGCAACCAGGCGUCCGUCCAAAAGUAUCUCAGUGUCGAGAGCAUCUCGCAAGUAAGGAUAGCGCUGUGGGUGUCUGCGUUCGGCAUGAUUGUAAUUUAUAGCGUGAACUUUCUGACUGGAAUGGUGUUGUACAGCGCUUACAAAGACUGCGAUCCUUUGACAGCCGGAUAUAUAAGCGGCCAGGAUCAAAUACUUCCGUUGUACGUGAUGAAUUUCUUAGGGAGUCUUCGUGGGAUGCCCGGACUCUUCGUGGCUGGUAUCUUCGCCGCGUCUCUCGGAACUGUAGCGUGUGCCCUGAACGCAUUGGCAGCGAUAACCUGCGAGGACAUUCUCCAUGGACUCUUCCAGAUGGACUUGCCGGCAAGCAAAGGUGCCAUUUACGCCAGAUGGAUCAGCAUAUUUUUCGGAGCUGUCAGUUUCGCGCUGGUGUUCGUCGUAGAGCGUCUCGGUAGCGUUUUGCAGGUUGCGCUGUCUUUCAAUGGCAUGGUUGGCGGAGUGACCUUAGGAUUAUUCUCCUUGGGCAUGUUUGUGCCGUGGGCCAACGCCAAAGGAGCAAUGGUAGGUGCCAUCUCGAGCUUGGUAGUCGUGCUGUGGAUUGGAUUAGGCGCCCAAGUUGCGGCUGUAAACGGACAGAUUCAAUUGGACAGCAAGCCUACAUCGAUUGCAGGCUGCCCUUGCAUAAAUGAUACCACGAUCGUGCUCAAUCAAUUCGAGCCCAACUCCGAUGAUGAAGUCUCGUCUAUAUACAAGACUAGUUACCUAUGGUACAGCGCGAUCGGUUGCAUGUUGACCAUGCUGGUGGGCCUGGUAGUGAGCUUUGCGACGGGCGCGCAAAAUCCUGCCGAUGUCGAUCAGGAUUAUCUGAGCCCGCCGAUCGCAGCCAUGUUCCGCAUACAGACGAAGCCUUGUGCAUCCACAAAUGUCCAGGGUAUCGCGAACUUCGGCCUCGAGCUCGAGGACGAAAAGCCACGGCAAGCAGACGUUUGCAAGAGUCCGAAGUGAUCCUCUCGCGGAGCGUCAUCGAUGGAGAUCGUACACGUCUAGGGGAACGUAUAGCCUACGGAGAAAAUAUAGUCUAAUUCAGUAAACUUGUCAUCGGAUGAUUUAUCGGAUGAUCAAAGAGACGAGUUGCGCGGCGGAAUGUUCAUUCUUGUGGGUUCGCCUUGGAGAAGGCGUCAAAUCCGUGCCCAGACGACGCAGAAAUUUGGCAAACGUUGCAGAGACAUUUAAAAAAAAAAAGGUUCUAAUCGUUUUGACAUCUUUCGGACUUCCGUCGUUCUGGACUUGAAUGAAUUGAUCGUAAUUCCACUACUUUUCUUUUCCUGCCAGUAUUAGUUUCGACGGACAAUAUAAGAUUAACUAUUCAAGGCACACAGUGCGUUCCUACUCGUGGGCCUGUUGAAAAUAAAAACCCCGGAUUCUGCAAUCCGUAUCGUACGAGAAUGAUUUUAGUUAAUCGUAAUUAUAAUCAAUACAAAGGUAGUUUGAGAGAAUUACAGAGAGUCUUAUUUCCUUUAACACUUGCAUAUUUGUCUUCCUGCGCAAAGUGAUCCGAGAGUACGUGACUGAGACGGAAUAGUAGACGUUGCAACACUUCGGAAUUUAUUCCCAAAGAUACAUUGCCAUGACAGAGCAGAUCAAUAUGAGCUUUUGUUAUCAAAUUUGCAUGGAAACGAUGCUGAAAAAGAAAUUUGCGAGAGAAACGUCGACCCGCAUUUGCGCAAGCGCAUUUUUUUUUUUAUAAUACUCUGAAGAGUGCGAUUGACUUGUCCAGCUAACUUUCCAUGCAAAACGCGAUGGCGAAAUAUUUAGAUAUAUUACGCGUAUAGUUAAUUUACGUAUCAUGCAUUUAUAACCGCGUUAUUAAACAACGAUAAUUCGUUAUUAAAUAUUACGAGUAAUUGAGAAAAUUAUUUAAGUCUUUUUUUUUCUAUUUGACGCACGACCGAUUUUACACAUCCAGAAUUAUUUUAUCAUCUUAUACCUUGCGCAUUGCUUCACGCUAGGAAUUCUUAUAUCUUAUGGAGACGGGUAUCUCGGCAUGCACUAAAGAUGUUUGACCAUGCUAUUGUACUUUUACCUUUGCUUUUACAUAAUUUAUUAACGUGACAGCGCGUUCUGCGAAUAUUUUAGAAUUAGCGGAUUAAAAUAGACACGAAAAUAUUAUUAUAUUCAAUUUUUGUAAAUACAAUGUUUGUGGAACAAUAAAUAUUUAAGGACAUGGAACGAUAAUUAUAAACUUAUCGGUCCUCACGCAGUAGGGCUGAUUUUAAUAAUUAUAUUGAUA